AUGGAUUCCGAGGAAGACUUUAUGUCGGCUCUCUCGAGCGAGGACGAGAUCAUGCAGGAUGACAGCGGCGAGGACAUGUCUGGCCCUGACGACUUUGACGAGGAUGACUUCGAUGACGAGCCCGACGCAGACCUGGGCAUGAUCAAAGACUCUGACACGAAGAGGAAGGUUGCUUACGACAUUUCCUUCAAAGUCUACGAACCAAAGGACAUUCAACGCCAGCAGGAUGACAUGAUUGACGAGGUCAACAUGAUUCUCAACAUUCGCAAGGAAGACGUCGCGAUAUUGUUGCGGCACUUCAGAUGGAACAAAGAACGUCUUAUCGAGGAUUACAUGGACGGUGCCAACAAGGUCCUGGAGGCAGCAGGUCUUGGCUCCAACGUCACUGGCCCGCCCAAACUCGAGGCCAUUCCAGGCUUCAUGUGCGAUAUUUGCUGCGAGGACGAGGAAGGCCUUCAGACCUUUUCCCUCAAGUGCGGUCACCGAUACUGCGUUGAUUGCUACCGCCACUACCUUACCCAAAAGAUUCGUGAAGAGGGCGAGGCUGCUCGUAUCCAGUGUCCUGCCGAGGGAUGCGGCCGCAUCAUAGACUCAAAGUCCUUGGACCUGCUCGUUGCAUCGGACCUCAACUCACGGUACAACGAACUGCUGAACCGGACAUACGUGGAGGACAAGGACACACUCAAAUGGUGCCCGGCACCCGAUUGCCCCAAUGCUGUCGAGUGCGGCAUCAAGAAGAAGGAUCUGGAUAGGAUCGUUCCUACAGUUGCUUGUGGCUGCGGCCAUCGCUUCUGCUUCGGCUGCAUCCUCAACGACCACCAGCCGGCACCAUGCGAGCUCGUCAAGAGAUGGCUCAAGAAGUGUGCCGACGAUUCCGAGACAGCCAACUGGAUCUCGGCCAACACCAAAGAGUGCCCUAAGUGUAACUCCACAAUCGAGAAGAACGGUGGCUGCAACCACAUGACGUGCCGCAAAUGCAAGCACGAAUUCUGCUGGAUGUGUAUGGGUCUCUGGUCUGAGCAUGGAACAAGUUGGUACAACUGCAACCGUUUCGAAGAGAGGAGCGGCACCGAGGCUCGCGACGCGCAAGCCAAGUCGCGUAUCUCACUAGAGCGGUAUUUGCACUACUACAACCGCUAUGCCAACCACGAGCAGUCUGCCAAGUUAGACAAGGACAUCUAUCACAAGACGGAAAAGAAGAUGGUGCAGCUCCAGACUGCCUCGGGCAUGUCAUGGAUCGAGGUGCAGUACCUCAACCAAGCUUCACAGACCCUUCAGACCUGCCGACAAACUCUUAAAUGGACAUACGCCUUUGCCUUCUACCUGGCGCGGAACAACUUGACCGAAAUUUUCGAAGACAACCAAAAGGACCUUGAGAUGGCUGUCGAAGCGUUGUCGGAGAUGUUUGAGAAGCCUGUCACGGAGCUCUGUGACAAGAAGCUAAAGGUGGACAUCAUGGACAAGACGUCGUAUUGCAAGAAGCGGCGCAUCAUCUUACUCGAAGACACUGCAGACAACCUUGCUAAUGGGCGAUGGACUUUCAACGUCGACCUUCAUGGCCCCUCCCCAGCAGCCGCCACCAGCAGCCGUCGUUGA